AUGGAUGACAACAAAGAGCAAGAAGCUCUUCGUGUUCUUCAAGCCCCGACUACAAGUGAUGACGAUAAACUUGGCAUCGAUGCAGUGGACUUCGCGGAAAAGUCGAUAAAUCAGGAUGCAGAUGCUGAAUACGCGUUGGCCUUACGUAAUCUCCGUCCAAACAGCAACGGCUGGAAGGUGUCAAGUUUGAACGGACCAGCGAAUCCAAUCAUUGCAGACCAUGCCCCACGUCCUGACAAUGCACCCAAUCGAGCACCAAGCACAACUAAAGCACCAGCCAAUCCAACAAUUACAACCCAAGGUCCUACCAACGCACCCACUGAACCACCAAAUUGUGACCGAUGGACAGGUUGGUUUGACCGCGACAACCCUAGCGGCAACGGUGACUUUGAAACAUUGUUGCACCUUCGGCGGGAGAACCCCGGAAAGAUUUGCUCCACUCCCUCGGCUAUCCAGGCUCGCGUCCGAGGGUCCCAAGUACCGGCUUCCCAAACAGGAGAACACUUUGACUACUACGAUACGGACGUCGGGUUUGCCUGCACAAACUAUCGCCAGUCUGAUCGCUACUGCCAGGACUAUGAAGUUCGCUUCUGCUGUUCCCAGAAUCCUAAUUCCGGCACAACUAAUGCACCAGCCAAUCCAACAAUUGCAACCCAAGGUCCUGCACCCACUGAACCACCAAGCGUCUCACAGAAGAUCAUCUUCCCCGGUCCAAGAGGCAUUGAUGACUAUGCCAGGAUGGAGACCACGUUGUCUGAGGACUUAACCAGCUUUACCCUCUGUGUGCACAUGCGCUCCAACAUGGAUUCCAGCAAUGAAAUCAGCCUGGUCAGCUACGCAGUGUCGCAAUCUUACAACGAGCUGAUCUUGUUUGUAAAGGGUGGAUUUAUGUUACACCUACAAAGCUACAUCCAAAUGGCAGACCCACCCGUUUGGGACGGUGAGUGGCACACAGUCUGUACUACCUGGCGCAGCAGUGAUGGAGCCUGGCAGUUGUACACUGACGGCGCGCUGACGGCUUCAGGCUCGGGGUUUAGAGUGGGAGGAAGAGUGCGCAGAGGCGGAACAUGGAUCCUCGGACAGGAACAAGACGUAGUCGGGGGAAGAUUCGAUGCAGACCAGUCAUUCAUCGGAGAGCUGUCGGAAGUGAACCUCUGGGACCGAGUACUGUCUCCUGCCGAAAUAGCAGCGGACUGUAGUUACCAUGGCAACGUGAUUGACUGGGAUACAACUAACACCAGAGUCUUCGGACAGGCCAGCAGGGCUGAGUAUCAAUGCGGUAAGUAG